AUGACAGCAGAAAGUCCCGGGGAGCUCCGUGAUUCGACUGAAACCGAGGAUCAGCCCCUGAAGCCCCACGGAGCGGUGAAUCCGCCGCUGCCGUUCGCAGCACUUCCACCCGUGGGAGUUUCCAAAGCAUGUUCAUCGUGUGUAAGAACUGCUGAUGUCAAGGAAGCAUGUACGCAGUGUGACCAGUUCAUCUGCCAGAACUGCAUCAGGCUCUGCAGCUGCUGUAACGCAGUUACCUGUUCUUUGUGCUCCACUAUUGAUUAUGCUGAUGUGGGAGAGCAAGUCCUCUGCAAUGGUUGUUCAAUAUUUCAAGUCUGAAACUCGAUGAAAUAGCUUUUAUGCUAAGACGUCUGUAAAUUUCAUGAAGUCUCCUCCUUAUGCCUAGUCAAUUAAUCCUUUUAGCAUGGGAAUGAAUUAUGGAAUUUCUAUGUUUUAUAUCUUUAUAUUGUACUUUUUAAUACUGUAGCUAAAUAAACUUUUAUAUUUUAAG